CAUGUCAAUCGACGAGAUUUUUUACGAUUCUCUCGAAGAAGACAACAACGAAGAAGUCUCCCCGAUUCCAGAUUUGAGUCAAACUGUUCCUCUCUACACUGGCGACAUCCCAAAACAGCGAAUCACACGUUACAUCAAUAGAAAAACCGAAAAAUCCUCAAAACCGGUCCCAAACCCCCUCAAACCUCAAAAAUCCUACUUGUCCAUGUAUUAUGCACGAAAAAACCGGAAAAUCAAAAACGGAAGUGUCACAAAUCGAGCCGUUUGCGAAAAUCUCUCACCGAAAAGAGAAUCGGAUUUGGACGCCGACUUGACAGGAAUUCAAACGGAAUUUUUCAGCCAAUCAGAAUCCGACGACGAGUUUUAUGAGAAUUUUAUGGCGCUUGAAAUAGAAAAAAAACCGGCUUCGUUAUGCGACGAGGAGCAAAAAACCAAACUGUCAAAUCGGUCAACGACGAGUGAAAAAUCGUUUUUUGCAAAAAACGAUAAAGUGUUAAAGGAAAUUUACCCAAAAUUUAUUUUAAUUGAUUUUUUCCAGUUAGAACUUUGGAAAAAACGCCAAAGUUACGGCAUGAAAAUGACACUCAAAAAUCGGAUUAAAAUACAAGAAGUGAAUUCGCUUCGAAAAAUCAAAAAUUCGAAAAAAAUCGACCGGUAAUUUACAGAAAUAAAAAAAUUGAGUCCCGAAUUGGCCAUUUUUAACACAUUUAGUGAUUUUCCCCGGUCGUGCAAACCAAGAAAAAA